AGUGCUGCUCAAUGCAGCUGCUUUGUGACAGUAAACAGCACUGGCGCUGACAUAAACAAACGAGUUUCCCACGUAUUUGGAAUUUUCCCUGCCUUUAUUUACGUGUUUUCCUUUGGUUGCUUACAAUGUCUUCGUGGAUAACAGGGCUGGCGGGUAAAGCAGAAAAUAUACUGAAUAAAAUUGAUCAGAAUGCAGCCACAGCCUUGCACACAGAAGCUGGGCCAGCAUUGGACGCCAUGAAGAACAGUUUGACCAGCAGCACACAAUCCUUGAAAACAACUCUCUCUCCAGCGAAGCGAGCCAACAGCAACAGUAGCACUCCCAUGUCCUUGUCCAUGGUUGGCAAUAGCGCUUCGAGCGCCAAAAGCGAGGGCUCUCAUGUGAUGACCACAGAGCUGCGCCGCAAGUUGCCCACUUCGGCGAGUUUCUCUGUUAAUCCAGACAGUGGGAACGGAAUGGACACACAUGAAUUGGCUGCAUUUAAAAUUGCCCUAAACGAAAUCACAAGCGAACGCGAUGAGCUGCGUUUCCGUCUGGAUGAGCUCAACCAUGAUAAUGAGAAUUUUGCCCUAAGGCAGCGGGUCCAGGAGCUUGAAACUCUCAUUAAAAAUCUAUCUGAUGAAAGCGACAAGGCAAAGAAUGAGUUGAACGAAGCGCAAACAGCUCACAUGGCGUACGUACAUUCAAUCUCAGAACUAGAAACGAAUCUUGCUAAGCUGCAGCAGGAAUAUAUGAGCACAGCGCAUAAAUUGCAAAUGCAAACCAAGGAAACCGAUCAACAGCGUCUGGAGCUGCAAGAGUAUCGGGCCAAAGCGCAGCGGGCACUGCAGUCAAAAGAUGCGCUCAUUGCUGAGCUCAAACAAAACCCGAUUGCAGAAGGCGCGGAACAGGACCUGGCAUCCAAGGACAGUGAAACACGAUUUCUUCAAAUUGAAUAUGAUGCCAUGAAGCAGGAGCUGCAUCACGCCAGUGAGGAGCAGCAAAAACUGCGCAUUCAGCUAGAUGGUUACAUGGCUCAGGAACGCCAAAACGAGCUGGAACUCGGCAUCGCCCGUCAACGUGAGCAAAGUCUCGCAAAAGAGCUGCGUUCUGAACGUGAGCACAACAUGGCCAUUGAAUCGGAGCAGCGCAUGCUCACACAAGAGUUGGCCUCGCUGCGUCAACAGAUGAGCAAUCAAAUGGCUGCCGCCGCAACACGAUUGCAGGAAAAGGAGAAACAAUUGCAACAGCAGCGUCAGCUUGUUAGCGAAACGGGCUUUACAAGUGCCAAAAAUGACUAUGAGAUCCGCCUGAAAGCUCUCACACAAUCGCUAGUCGAAAGACAGGGUCUGCUGGAACGUGUCACAGUGGAGCGCAAUGCACUUCGAUUGCAGCACGAGAACAUGCAGGCGCAGCUGCAGCAGAGCAUGCACGCUCUGGAGAUGGGUCAACAGCGUGGCAGCUCCAGUUCGCGCGGCACUCUGCUCUCCAACAGCACAGAUGAUGUCAAGGCACAGUUUCCGCUACUCAUGCAUCCCAGUCCGUUUGACAAUCGUGUUGCACGUCGCUUCAAGCGUGCUCUGCGUCAGGCGGACUCUGUGGGCAUGCGAAUGGGUGCAUUCCUGCGUCGUUAUCCAAUGAUGCGAAUCGGUAUAAUUCUUUACGUCGCGUUGCUGCAUCUGUGGGUCAUGUUUGUGCUGUUCUCCACAUCACCUAAUUGAAAUGAACGAACAACGUUUGCAUAAUUUGGAUUCU